UAUACAGGGUGGUUAUACAGAUGAUAAAUAAAUUCUAAAAAGCAAAACAUUUUUUGUUAUUUUCAAUUGCCCUUGUUAUCUUCAUUGUUCGCAAUAAAGAGCCCCAAAAUGGAUUGGGAUGAAAGAUCUCAACGAAUUGCAGCAAAUACAAGAAAUAUAUUAGACCGCACGACGGCCUCUAUUGCUCGUUCACAGCAAAUUGCCAUUGAUGCUGAGCAAGUUGGCACUGAAGUGCUAUCUGAGUUAGACGAUCAGAGAGAGUCACUAUUACGUAGUCAACAACGUUUACAAGAUGCUAACGAUCAUUUAUCAAAUUCAGCUCGUAUGAUAAAUUCAUUAAAGAGAAAUGUUUUGUACAACAAAUACUUACUAAUUUUAAUAAUUUUACUUGAGGUUUUAAUACUUAUCGGUUUAACAAUUAUAAAAUUUAUAUAAAAAGAUUAAUAAUUUUUAAGUAGGUACGUACCAACCUACAUAUAUGAAGGAUUAAAUAAGUAUUGUAUACAAAUAAUUUUCGAAAUUAAAAGGUUGCGACAAUAAAUGUUUGUAAAUUGUAUAUUUCUGAAUAGAAAAUUAUUAACAUUUUUAUAGUCUAAUAGCAAUAAGUUAAUAAAAAAUUGUAAGAAUAUUCUCUUAUUCAUGUUAAAAGCAAAAUCUUCAAGCUUUUAUUUUAGGAUUUAUUUAAUUGCAGAAGAUUUAAAAUUCUGCAACGCGAUUGAGGGAAUAUAAAUUAAUACAAAAAAAUGUAAUACAUAUUUUUUAUUUUACUUGCAUUUUUGGAAAAUAUUUAAUACAGUGUUUACAUUGAAUGUGUGUACGAACGUUACAUUACAUUUUGUUAUAUCAGGUAUAGAAUGUUACAUGUAAUUAAAUUUUGGUUUAUUUUGAUUACUUAUUUCAUUAUUUUAAGAUACAUUACUUUUAUUAUACUCA